AUGACGCCUUCCUGGUUUCAGGCACCGGUAAUUCGCCAUUUUCUUGCUGCUCAGGUGUCUGUGGUUGCGUUCCUGCCGGUGAAGGUCUUUAGUCAACUACUGGUCGCUGCUGCGAUUGGUCGUUUAUGCAUGAAUGCUGCUAGGCCGGAGUCGUUGACUUCUCGUCCGCGGAAGAUGGCAGCUGCUGGCAACUCGUCGUCGCCUCUUGAAGCAGGAGUUCACCGAAGGCUCCCACAAAGCCACCGAGUCCUUGACAAUCCUGGCGCCCCUCAGAACGAUCACGCUCUAGAGCUUUCACAGCCUGCUGCUUGGCUUCAUCGGCCUGCCCAAGUUUUGAUAGGGCUAGAGCAAGAGUGGCAUAAGAAGAAGCAAGGGGGUGGUGCACCGCUUUCUGAGCCUGGUCUGAAGACUCUAGCUGUGCAAGCGCCUUUGAAUAGUGCUCCGUUGCCAGAUGGAAGUCUAAUUGAUUAUAAGCCAGUUUCGCAUAAUCCUAUUUGCACAUCGACAACUGUCUGGUGUGGAGCCUGUAAAGUUUCUUUGCGUUUCUCAAGAACCUGUUGGUAG